AGCUGAGGGAGUGGACUGGGAGUGGAGAGGCCCGGGGUCAGGAAAGCAGAGACAAACAAAGCGUUAGGAGCAGAAGAGAGGCAGGGAAGACAAGCCAGACACGAUGGCCACCUUCCCACCAGCAACCAGCGCUCCCCAGCAGCCUCCAGGCCCAGAGGACGAGGACCUCAGCCUGGAUGAAUCUGACCUCUACAGCUUGGCCCAUUCCUACCUCAGAGGCAGAGGCCGGAAAGGUCGCACCAAGAGAGAAGCUGCUGCCAACACCAACCGCCCCAGCCCUGGCGGGCACGAGAGGAAACUGGUGACCAAGCUGCAGAAUUCAGAGAGGAAGAAGCAAGGGGCACGGCGCUGAGACAGAGCUGGAGAUGAGGCCAGACCACGGACACUACACCCAGCAACAGAGACGGGACUGCGGAGGAAGGAGGACCCAGGACAGGAUCCAGGCCGGCUUGCCACACCCCCCACCCCUAGGACUUAUCCCUGCUGACCGAGUCUCUGAGGGGCUACCAGGAAAGCGCCUCCAACCCUAGCAAAAGUGCAAGGUGGGGAGUGAGAGGCCGGGAAUGGAGGGGCAGAGCCAGGAAGAUCCCCCAGAAAAGAAAGCUACAGAAGAAACUGGGGCUUCUCCAGGGUGGCAGCAACAAUAAAUAGACGCGCAUGGCAGCCACA